CUGCCAAGAGAUGGUGAACCUGCUCUGCUGCGUCCAGACCCUCACAGGCCACCUCAAGUGGAAGUGUCAGUGCAGGCCUGAAGACUGCAUCGAUCUUGUGGACGAAAAGGGCACCCUGAUGAACCUGAGCAAAGUGGAAGAUCCUGCAUCUGAAUAUGCCAGUGAAUACCUGCAGGGAAGGCAGCGCUACAUCCUCAUCAGAGUUGUCCGAGAAAAGAACUCUGAAGCCACCUGCUAUGAAUCCUUGCUAGAGGACCUGGGGAAACACUACCCUGACCUACCAGAUCGGCUGCAGCAGCUCUCAGGAAAGACCCAGAGGACAGAUCAGAGGAAGAAGGGCUCCUUGCAGAGGGUUCAGCCCCACACCAGCACCCGAGCCAGGAACAGGACCACCUUACAGAGCAAGAGGAACUUGGAACCCAAGAACACCCCUAAAUGAGGAACUGGUCACACGGGCAGCACAGCCUCCACCAGGGCCCAAACACCUGCCCAGGUGUUUAGUCCUAGCACAGCAGGAGUCCCCUGCUGCUGAGCCCCUCUUCCUGGAAUCCCCUGCCCUUCCCAGAGCUUCACACUACCACAUCCCAAGCUGCACCCUGACAAACCAGGCACAGGUACCAUCCUCCUGCUUCAAGGGGCCCAUGUUCCCAUGGCACUCCCCAGGGACAA